AUGCAACUCCGGAAACACUUAUCUACUCUUUUUCUCGCCUUGUCGCUGAUGGUAGCCAUUCAAGCAUGCGAGCUGAAAAUUAAGAUUCGCUCGCAUUACCCCGGCAAAAUGUUUGUCGCUGCCGAAUUUGCCGAUGGCUCGACGAAAAUCUUAAAACUCUCCCGCGCCGGAAAGUCUCGAACCGUCAAUUUCUCUGCCCCACUUUGCGGCCUCUACAUGACCACCAUGAAGACGUUCAGCAAAACCCCACGUGGACUAGACGGGGUCCCGCCAAUCAGCCAGAUCGAGCAUGGGCUUGAUGGAAAGGGCACUGUCCAAUAUGAGAUCGACGAAUCUGGGGAGAUCCGGCUGACCGAUCGCGAUCUGACCGUUUGGUGUGCCUUUGGGAAAUGCCCACUGCCAAAAAUCGCCGACAAUGCUAUUAAAAUGCAC